AUGCGCUGGCUGUGGGCACUUGCUGCCUUGUGUUAUGCGGCGGCGAAAGAGGCUGAGCAACCGAGGCCUUUGAAUGAACCAGCGGCAUUGCUGGAGUCCGACGUGAAAACCGCGACCGGCUCGCAAGUGCAUGGUGAUGAAUCGUCACCCCCGUCGACCACUGAGAUGUCCGAGGAAAAGCAGAUAAAGAAAUGGGAGGAAGAGAAAGCUCAAAUCGCCCGAGAAGUAGAGGAAAGGAUCAAAGAGCAUGCGGACAAGAAGCAGGAAGAAGAGGAGGAGAGUGAGAAGGCUGAGUCCGAUGCAACCUUUCUGAUCUUUGCUGUUUUGGGCCUUGCAGCAGUUGCACGCUGGCUAUGCAAGGGUCAAUUUCAGAGGGAGCACUCGGGCUACAUCAUCAUCACGGACACAUCUCCCACCAAGAAGCGGCACACUUCUGACCCAGCUAAGGCCUGGGCACAGAAGAGGACACACAGUAGCCUGGACAGUGUAGAGAGAGGGAACGGAGCUGGUGCAAGUGGUGUGCCAAGUUCUCCUCAGCGUCCAGGCCCAAAGUCAAGUCCAGAAGGACCUCCUUUUCAAUGCGCCGAAGCUGGCGGACGUGCUUUCACAGCGGGGGCUUCGACGCCAGGAGCCCGCUUCCGCAUUGCCACCAGCUCCCACUCAAUGGUGGCGGCAAGCAAUCGAAGCCUACAGGCAAGCAGCCAAGUUCACAUUGGAAGAAGCUGCGGACAUUGA